AUGGCAUCGAGGACUUUUCUAUUCGUUUGGAUGAUGCAACUUCCAGCUAACCUUUAUACAGUAGACUUAAAUGAGGCUAUCGAUAUUUUAAAAUCCAUCAUAAAUAAAGCGGCAUUUGUGGCACUGGAUGGAGAAUUUACGGGAAUUAACAGUGAUGAGAGCAGAGCAUUUGAUAUGUUCGAAUCGCCUGCACAACGUUAUAAGAAAAUAAGUAAGAUUGUACAAAAUUUCUUGAUGAUUCAAUGUGGCUUAUGUGUCUUUGUGCCUAAUGAAGACAAGAAGAGCUUUACAGCGUUUCCCUUUAGUUUCUACAUAUUUCCUCAAGACGAUAACAGUGGUCCAAAUAAGAAUGGCUUUUCUUGUCAAAUUUCAAGCAUCAAAUUUCUUAGCCAGCAUAAAUUCAAUUUUAAUAAAGUAUUCAAUGACGGAAUGCCUUAUCUAAACUCCAUUGUCGAAGCUGAAUGUCGAAUGAAAAUAGAAGAGAAAAUGAAAUCAAUGUGGGAAAAAGAAGACGAAAAGUAUAAUAGAGCAAAGGAAAAUAAAUAUCCGUAUCAAUUAUCCUUUAAAAUUGCUGAUUCUGAUCAGCAAUUUGUUAAAGACAUGAUUCAAUUAAUUGAUGAAUGGCUAUCUGAUAAUAGCAAGAAAAUUCUUCAAUUUCCAUCUUGCUCCGGAUAUCAUAGGAAAAUUAUUUACGAAUUAUUAUAUGCAAGGUGUACUGAUAAGAACAUGCUACCAGAAACUGUACGAGAAGAGAGUGGUAUUUAUAUUCUUGCAAAGAAAUUGGACGAAAAAGAGAAAGCACAGGCUGCCGAAGAAAAAUUUAAAACUCAAUUGAGUAAACUUGACGAUGCUGUUGGAUUCUGCAAAGUUAUUGAUAUACUUCGUAAAGCAGAUUACUAUGAAUUUAAAGAAAUUGUAAAUACGGCUUUCCCCAACCUAUACGACACUAAAUUGAUGGCUACUACAGAACCAAUUAAGACAUACUUUGCAGACAGUUCUUUAGCUGCAGCUGAGAAAAGAAGUCAGAAGGAACCAUUUCAAAAUGUUUCAAUUGAAUUUUGUAAAGAAAUUGAUUGUAAAGAUUUUCAUGAACAUUAUCAUGACGCUGGCUACGAUGCGUACAUUUGUGGUACAGUUUUCGCUAGGAUGCUGUAUUAUUAUGUUCGUCCAUCACGAGAGCAUGUAUUUGUGAUGCGAUUUAAGGAGCCUUGGCCUUUGAGUAAAAUUGCUGAUUACUUUUCUGCUUUUGGUGGAGCGAAGCCGAUGCCUGUCCCUAUGGACGAAACUUCUUUUUAUAUCAUUUUAUUAAAUGAAAAGGAAAGCGUAAAUGUUUCAAACAAGUUAGUUGGUGAAUUUCAAGACUUCACCUUGCAAAAAUUUGAGUCUGAUAGGCUUGAAAAAACCUCUUCCGCUGCGAAAAGGAAAGCAGAUUCAAUAGUGAAUUCGCCCACAGGACAAAUCCCAGCAAAGAAAGAAAAAUCAGAAAGUACGGUUCAAAGAUUUUCUCAGAAUCUGCAGAAUGGUGAAACAAUUUAG